GUUGGAGUGCAUUUCAUGCAUUCUUAGCAGAUCGGCUGAAGGAAACGCCUCGUUGGCUGGCGGCUGGGAAGCAGGUAGGGAGCUCAUGAGCGCUGCCCAUCUCCCGCAGUCCCUGCGGAGCUCCCGUCGCCUCCCGGGGAAGGAUCCCAAACCGCUGGACACAGCAUGACCCUCCCGCACCUGGACAACGCUACGGGUGCGACACCGCUCGUGACAGUGAGUUGAGGUAAGGGAACUAAUUAUUCUCAGAAGUCUUUUCCUUGUGGAGGUCUGUUCUGCCAGUGAUCAAGGGGCUCUUGUUUAUUGAGAAUGGAAGGAACAAGGAAGCUCUCUCCAAAGCCCAGUGAAAGCAAAGAACCCGUGAAAACAGAAUGGGGGUCUCAGAGUGUUGUAUUUACAUAUUUCCAAGGGGAUAUUAACAGCAUGGUAGAUGAACAUUUUUCUAGAGCUCUAAGCAAUGCCAAGAACCCACAAGACCUGAGCACAAAGCACAGGGGCGAGACUGUUGUCCUGAAGAACGGUGAGCCGCUUUCCAUGCUAGAUAGCAUGCCUCCCCAUCAGUGGAAUUUCUCUUCACAUUGCUCCAAACCAUAUCCAUCAUCUUCUGCUACAAGCGUGUCAAAUACUGCUCUGAAUUUUUCUGCUGCUGGUAUGGCAGGCCAAUACCAGCCAUCAGCUCUGCGGCACCAUCCAACUCAACCUGCAGAUUCAUGGCCCUUCCCUUCGAUCGGGACUCCCAAUCUUACCAGUUCGGUAUAUCAUCAUGCCUUACCUGACCUGCACGCGGUCGAUGAACCGACCUCUGACAGGAAAUACGGUUCUCUUCUUGAUCUUCUGCAACAGGAAAGGUGCCUGACAUCCGUGCAGGAAUGUACCAUGAAGCAACACUCAAUUUCUGCUUGCAUGACUGGACCUGCUAGGUUACAAAAUAUAAGUCAAAGUUCAGCUCCUGGGGGAGAGAGAAAAGCGAGCUCUUACCAAGGCCUAGAAAAUCCCAGUGAAAGCCAUGCCACUGCAGGUAUUCAGAUUAACGACAGAAGACGAGAUCUGUACUUUUAGCAACUAGACGUUUCCACUUUAUUCCGAAAGAAAAAGUUCUUGCUGUGAACUUUUAUUUGCAACUGUGAAACUAGAAGAAACGAACUGCAGCUAUUCUGUGCUUUUUCUCUCAGUUGGAAGAAUACAUGUACUAUUUACUGUUUGGGAAAUGAAAAAUAAUGUUUUUCUUUUCAGUAAAUGAUUUUUUUAAUAGCUGUGGUAUUAAACCUGACAGUAUGUUUGUUGUGAAGAAAUAUUGUCUUCUCAAGGCUUUUCAUGUGGUCUCCUUGCAAGGAGUCUUAGCACUUUUUAAUCAUUCUUUGUUUGUUCAUUUACGAUCUCUUGAUAAGAAGCACAAUUCUUAUCAGUGCAGUUGGUAACUGAUAAGUGCAGAGAUGCAGUUCACAUAAAUUCAGUGCUGCAGCUUCUUGUUUUGAUAUCUCCUUGUUGUUUAAAAUAGUCUUAGACAAUAGGAAAGAGACGUAAAGACAACCAUAGAUCAGCAAAGCAUGUUAUUGUAUUUGUUUUGGAAGUACAGUAGAUUGUAACCAUACUUACAAUUCACAGAGAUGUUCUUCAGAAACUAUAUAAUAUGCAUAUGCCUGAAAGCUUUGUUUUUCCUCUCCUAAUGUACAAUCAUCCUCUAGAGAACAGUGAAUUAGCACUAGAUCUGGGAGGAAAUCUGAAUCAUCAUUGGAUGCAAUUAAAAUACCAUUGAGCAAAAAGCCGAAGGUGGGAAUGGUCUGUUCUCCCAGCCUCCCUGCAGGUAUAAAAGGUUAUUUUUCUAAAGAAGCCCUGUGGGGCUGAAUUAUUGUGUUUGAAUGAGCAAAAAUCCCUUCGUGGUAGCUGCAUCCCAGAAACCUCAGAGCAGCUGCCCGGGGGUGGUCUCGAUGCUCCUCCGUGCAGCAGAGGUGACAGCCACGAACUGCACAUGGGUGCUGCAGGUUCAGAUCCCCCCUCGCUUCACCCACCUGCCCUUGGCAAAUAUGUUUGCUGAAGCUACUGUGACUAAAACCUCAUGGGACUGGUGUUUAGGCUUGUGUAUAUAAUCCCUGCGGUAAGAGAAACUGCUUAGUCUUUAUUGUGAAUCCUAAGGGGGUUAUUCUUUCCUUUCUCAUUAGCUAAUAUAAAGGAACACGAUUAACUUUUUCUGGCAGCUUUACACCGUUGCUUAAGGAAAUUUGACAUUUAGAUCCUAGGGCUUGUGAUUUUGUAGAACAAAAACCCUUUGCUGGUAUAAGUGUUUGUGUCUCUAUUUACACCAGAUACCUAUGCUGCCACUGCUCUGCUUCAGUUAUAACACCUUGUGUAAUUUUAUAAAUAAUUUGAGUUCAGCAACUUCAGAUGUUUAUGAUACUAAUUUAAAGAGGAAAGUAUUAAAAUUCCCAGUUUGUAUCAUACAGGUUUGCUCUAACAUAUACUUAAGCUAGACCAACGUGAGAUCACAUCCAAGAGGAACCAUUUUAACUAAAUUAAUAAAAGAUAAACCAACAUCCUGUCUCCCUAUAGAUGUGCACUGAAAAAUCACUUGUUCUUAAUAAUUCUAUGAAAUUGACUUUCUUUUAAGUUCAGGAGUACCUCUCCAAGUAGUUUUCUCUCUCAAAUCACUUAAUUCCCCAAUUUUUAAGGCUAUGUGGUAAUAUAAUCUGACAUCCUGUAUGGGCUGAAGCAAAGAUUUCCCAGCUGAACUCUGUACAUCUCUCUCACUUGCAUGUGUUGUGAUUCCAGUGAAGUUACUGCUUCAGAAUAAUGAAAUAUUUUUGUCUCCCUCUGCCAUCCCUCCUAAAGGAAAACGCUUAAAUAAUUUCUCUCUAAGGUCUGAAAAUAGGUAUAACAGCAGAUUUAAAUGCUCUUAAAAUGUAGCGCCGCUUGGAACAGUUUGGUCCUGUGCAUGUCAUAGCUGGGAAUAUUCAAGAUGAAUUAUAAAGCCUGUGUGUCCAGUGAGUCAACCAAGUGGGGUAGAAAAAAACCUCUUGUUUUUAAGUGCAUGCUGCUUAUCACAAGGAGAAAAGGCAUCAUCUGUGUGGCAGACCUCGAGAAUGGGAGCAAGUGCCUGGGCAGCCCAAGGGCUGGUGCCGUAUCCCGGGUGCUUGCCCUGCUCCCUGGCUGCUGGAAGAACGAUGACCUUGGGGUAGAGGAUGGGGGACAGAGGUUCUGCUGCUCCAGCGUUUUGUCUUGUGCUGCCGCAGCAACACGCACCGGAGCAUGCCUGGGUUUGCAGGCAUCCUCCUGUUCUUCUGCAAUAAACAGAGUUAACCCAUCAGUGCAA